CGGCGGCGCGAGAGGGGCGCCCCGACGGCACAGGCGGCCGCGCGCUCGGCUCCCCUCCCCUGCUUGCCCCUGUGUGGGGCAGCGGGGUCGCGGGGUCGCGGGGUCGCGGGGAGGCAGCCACCAGCCACCCUGCCAGAAGUUUCUCCGUGGCUGACCGACGCUGUGGGCCUACCCGGGGCCGCGGGGCCUUAAGCCCGUGACCCACUUACCUUCUGUUCCCCAAAGGGUAGCAGCAGGUGGACAACAUUUGAUCAACCCACGAGGAGACCUGGAAGGAGGUUCGUUGAAGCGAAGCCGGCACCUGCUGUGUGUCAAGGACCUGUGUCAGAUUCUCACCCGACGCUCUCAGGACCCCUGGCGGGGAGUGCGGUGUAGACGACGAAACCGCGGCUCGGCAGGAGCCUUGUCUGGGGCCACGGGGUGAAUAGGCCCGCGGGGAUCUGAGCCAGGUCUCCGUCCCUGGAGGGCCGCUUGUCAAAGCCUUGCCCUCACCAGGUGCACACACACCCUCACGGGCUGAUAAUCGCGUUCGUCUUCUGAUGAAUCCGUGGGCUUAGCGGCAUGCUCAACCCCUUGCACACUUACAUACACACUCGAUUCACGUUUGACUUGAAGUUUCAUGGCCCGCUGCUGCUGUGCGCUGGCGUUGUCACAAGGAGGGCACAGCCCAUUCAAAAGAGGUCCCAUAUUUCAAGUGUGAUGCACAGGUGUGAAUGCGGAGUCCGGAACUGGUUCCUUCAUUUGGCCAUCUUUAUUAAGAGUGGGUCUGGUGCCUGGCCCGUUGCCACUUACCUGGGACAGGCAAGAGUAAGACUAGGUUUGCCAUCUUGCAGCAGGAGGUCAAGAUGCGCAUGCUCGGAUGCUCCAUGAUGAGUACCUGUCCGGAUGGAUGGACAGAGGGGCUGAUGGACAGCCAUGUGAAGACAAGGACACACAGGAAUGUCACGUGAUGACAGACGCAGAGAUCGAAAAACUGCAGCGACCAGCCAAGGAACACUGAGGACUGCCUGCAACCUGGAGGAGCCAGGGGGAGGAAAGGAAGGACCUUCCCCCAUGGGACUCAGGAGCUGGCACUGCCAACACCUUGACUUCAGGCUCUGGCCUCCAGAACUGUGACGGUGUCUGCUGCUCUAAGCCAGUUUGUGACUUUGCUACGGCAGCUCCAGGAAAUUAGUACACCUGUGGAAGAGCAGGGCAUCUCACUGGCAUCAAGGACUUGGGGGCGUGGGCAGGGUGUGGCUGGGGGCCCUGGAUGGGGGGACGCUUGCCUGGGGAGGAGGACCGAGCUUUGCACUUAGGCAGGUGUGAUAGUGCAGCCCAUUUAUUCUGAGGUUUUAACUGGUUUCCAGGAAGGUGUCUUGGGUAGGGGAUAGGGUACAAGUGGGAUCCUCCUGGUGGCACCCUCUCCCAAGGCACUGAAAGAAGGGUAUAGCUGCUUGGGGGGAGGGGAAGGGCUCAGGGCCAGGGACUUUCCUCCUUGCCUCCCAUACCCAUGCACUCAGAUGACAGAUCUCAGGAGAAAGCUCAACAUGGCACUGGUGGCAGGACAGGAAAUCCCAGACCUUCUCGCGGCGCCUGGGUGGCUCAGUAGGUUAAGUGUCUGCCCUUGGUUCAGGUCAUGAUCCUGCGGUCCUGGGAUAGAGCCCCUGAGUGGGCUCCCGGCUCACCAGAAUCUGUUUCUCCCUCUGUCUCCCCCUGCCCCUACUGCUCAUUCUCUCAAAUAAAUAAAAUCUUAAAAAAAAGAAAGAAAGAAAGAAAAGAAAGAAAAGAAAAGGAAAGAAAAGAAAAGAAAAGAAAAAGGGAAAUCCAAGAUCUUCUUAUGUUAGGGCCCGCGGCAAGCAACCAGACCCAGGGACGGUGAGUAGGAGGGGAGGUCUGGAGACAGAGAUGGAGCUAGUUGGCCUGGUGGUGCCUCAGUGGCCCUCAGGUCCAGCUUCUUCCCCUACUACCUGCAGAUGGCAACUGCCUCUCUAGCAGGGUGAGAUCAUCCUGCAGCCUCCCAUUGGUGGGCUACAGAUCCCACCCGACCUGUCCGAUGGCCUGUCCUCUCCCAGUGGGACCAGCCAGCCCCUGCUCCCCAUUGUGGGGAUGCUCUCUGGCCUGCUGUUGAGCCCCACCUGAGAGUUCUUGGGGCCCAGUGAGUCCUGCUGGACAAGGUCCAAACCCAGGUCACCCAGUGUCCUACCCCUGCAGCAGCACCGGCAUCCUGCUACAAAAACAAUUAUCUGGAUCAUCUUUAUGGGGCUUAAGCGUGGGUGGGAGCAGAUGGGGCGUGAGCUGGGGAUUUGGGGCUGGGUAUCCACUCCCCCCCACACACACACACACACAACCCAGUCUUUUAAAAAGCCUUCUCUGGCACAGGGCAGGGACAGAGGCCAGCAGAGAAGUGGACGGGACCCAGGGGAGGGGAGUGGGGACAAUGAUGGACCAGGAAGAGAAAGUGGAUGGGAGCUCAGCCCCCUGCAUUAAGGCUGGCUCUCCAGACCAGGAGGGCUUCUUCAACCUGCUGAGCCACGUGCAGGGUGACCGGAUGGAGGAGCAGCGGUGCUCACUGCAGGCGGGGCCCGGUCCGACCUCCGAGAGCCGUGAGAGCGGGCAGGGGGCAGAGAGUGGCCCUGCACCCGAGAUGGACAGCCUCAUGGACAUGCUGGCCAGUACCCAGGGCCGCCGUAUGGAUGACCAGCGUGUGACAGUCAGCACCCUGCCUGGCUUCCAGCCCAUAGGCCCCAAGGACGGAGUGCAGAAACGAGCUGGGACACUCAGCCCACAACCCCUCCUCACCCCUCAAGACCCGACUGCUCUCAGCUUCCGUCGGAACAGCAGCCCCCAACCCCAGACACAAGCCCCCUGAGGGCCCGAACCAUCCUGGGCCCUCCUUGGCCCCUGAAAGCAGACAAUAAAACACUUCCACAAGAAAUAA